UGUCUGUGUGUCAGGCAGGAGUCCUGCUCAUCUCACUCCAUGAGUUAAGUUAAAUCACAGACAGCCGCUGGCAGUGGUCUCUCUUUGUCCCUCUGUUCAUCCAGCUCUGAAGGCGUCACACGACCUCCUGGUUCCACAGCUGAAGGACGUGCCGAGGCCCUCGCCCAAGGCCUGUAUCAGUCGCCACAGACGCACCCCCCACUGACACGGUUCCCUGCUCUAAAGGAUCUGGCACUGCAAAAAAAAGGGGUGGGGAAAUGCCGAACCAAACGAGAGACGAGCCAGCAGGGAUAAACUUGACAUGUGGCAUGUCUGGGAGCCACGAGUUCAUCUUCACCCUGGUGCCCAUCGUCUACGCCUUCAACUUUGUCAUCGGCAUCAUCGGAAACAGCAUGGUGGUAGCAGUCAUCUACUGCUACAUGAAGCUCAAAACUGUGGCCAAUAUUUUUGUCCUCAACCUCGCCGUGUCUGAUCUCACCUUCGUCAUCACUCUGCCCAUGUGGGCAACCUUUGCAGCCAUGGGUUACCACUGGCCUUUUGGAGGAUUUCUGUGCAAGACUGCCGCUGGACUGGUUAUGUUCAACCUCUACACAAGCAUCUUUUUUCUCACAGCCCUCAGCAUUGACCGUUACCUGGCCAUUGUGCACCCGGUGCGGUCCCGGCGGUUUCGCACCGUGGUGUACGCACACAUCACUUGUGUGAUGAUCUGGCUGUUUGCCUUUUUGCUUAGCGUUCCCAUAGCCUUGACCAGGGAUGUCCACUACAUUGAAAACUCUAAAACCAUAGUUUGUGGCAUUCUACACCCAAACGACAAAGACGUCAAAAGGCUAAACAAUCUCCUCCUGUGCAUCAGCCUCAUGAAAAGCCUGCUGGGCUUUCUGAUACCUUUUGUCAUCAUCAUCACCUGCUACUGUCUUAUUGGGCGGGCCCUGCUAAGGGUGAAGCAUAUCCAGAAAAGCUCCUGCUCCCGGGAUGACGAGGUGCUGCACAUGCUCGCGGCAGCUGUUCUGGCCUUCUUCCUGUGCUGGGCACCCCACCAAGUAUUUCACUUCAUGCAGAUGCUCACUCAGCUUAUCUUGGCUAACAAUUGCACCAUCCUGGAAAUCAUUGACACUGCCAUGCCGUUCACCAUUUGCAUUGCCUACUUCAACAGCUGCGUCAACCCCAUCGUGUACAGUUUUGUAGGGCGCAACUUUCGCAAGAACUUACUGAGACUGCUGCGAUGCUCUCCAGGCAGAGCUGCAAGGCCUCAUCCUAGCAUCAGCUCUAAGAUGAGCGCUCUCUCUUUUCGUGCCUCUGAAGCACUGAGCCUCAAAGUCAAAAACAGCGUUUCCUGCGAUGUCAAAUGACAAUGGCCAAAGACAGAAACUGUGAACAGAUGAGUUGUCCUCCUUCUUGGUCUGCGGUGAAAACUGAGACAUCCAAAGCUUUAAAACCUCAGCUGUAAAAUAUGAGCAGUGAAGAAAAAGACCAAAAAACAAUCACUACCUUAUUAUGUCGCAAAUUUGGCAUUCCAUACUGUACUACUCAUAUUUUGUAAACCAUAAACUUUAAUACAUUUUAGUAGCUUGACACAAAGGAGUCCUUUAUGGUGAAGUGUAAGGAAAAUGAUACUUACAUUUUUGUGAUGAAUUAAAAUCUAAAAUGAAUGGAAUGAAUUUUGUAUUCAACUUCCCUGAUUAAGUUUUCAGUAGAACUAGCUUUUGCUGAAAACACAACAUCAUGCUGCCACCACAGUGUUUAAGCAUCGGGCAUGAUGUGUCCAGUGUGUCAGUUUCCACAAGUAGACUUUUGCAUUUUGGCCUUUUGACCAAAAUGUUUAAUCUCGGUCUCAUUUUAUUAGAGUGGUAUUUUCCAUGUGAUCUGCCUCCAACAGGGCAUGGGGCACAUGGAUUCUUUACUGCUUACAGGCCAUCGUUCCCUGGUCUUCAUGAUGCUGUUUAUUCAAUAAUGCUGUCUAACCAGCCUAGAAUUAUGUCGAUGUGAAAUUACCCACUGGUGGACUCCAUUUAAUCAUUAGAUGGCUUUUGAAAAGAGUUGUCUGAGCUGGAUUUUAUUUGGGGCAUCAGAGUAAAGAAAGCUGAAAACAUUUUUAUGCCAUAUUUUCUAGGUUUUUAUUUGUUUGUUUUUAUGUUCCAUUUUACAAGUAUGCCUUACUUUGGUUUGGUCCGUCACAUAAAAAUCAUAAAAUGUAAAUAAGUUACAUUGAAGUUUGUGCCUGUACUGUUAUAAAAUGUCAAAAGAAGAUUUAAGGGAUUACUUUUUUGCAAAGUACUGUAAUUAUCCACCAACAUUAUAUUCCCAAAUAUAAAUCUCUAUUUAUAUUUGGGAAUUUGUACCACCUCUGAAUAACUCCUGAAACUACUGUAACUACUUAAGAUAGCAUUGCUCUGCUAGAAAGGUGUGUGACUAAUUAAAGCUCACUUAUCCCAUUAUUUAUAAAAGAUGUGCAUGUUCUGCAGGAUUUUGUCAGCUCUGUGUCCUAAUGAAACAGCGUAGUUAUGUAUUGCAGAAACUUCGGUGUGCAUUCUGUGUGCUCAGCAGGUUUUCCAAAAGCUUUCAUCAGUGAUCAAGUGUUCUGAUCCAACCCUGCAUGCUCUGCCUCAAAAUGUUCUGCAUGUUGUCAUGUAAAUUUAAAUGUGUAAUAUAUUAGACUGAGAUAAUGUGAUAUUGCUUUGUGAUGCUGACAAUUUAUGUAAAAAUGUAUAUGUGUAUGCUAAAGUUCCAUGUUGGGUGAUAUUUGUCUUUGUGGUAAAUAUAUAUGAUUUUGUUUUUUUUACUCUGUAAGUGUAAAUUUUGUGACUAAAUAUGAGGCCAGAAAUAAAAUUAAAACAUAUCAA